CGUCAAAUAACCAAAACGAGACCCAGAACAUGGAACAAAACGUGGAGGCUCAACAGGACCCGAUUAUGCCUGCGUUCCUGACGCAAUUUCCGCAGCAAAUGGCGAACGCGCCAAUGUUCCAGCCACCGCCUCCACCGCCUCCUAGGCAAAUCACAUUGAAAACGCUGAAGGACAAUGGUGCUGAAGAGUUCCAUGGGGAUAGGAUAUCUGAUCCUCAGAUUGCCCUAGACUGGAUUGAACAGACAGAAAGAGUGUUGAAGAAUCUGAGUGUUCCAGACACGAGACGUCUUGAGCUUGCUUUCCAGCUCCUACGUAAGGGAGCAUAUGAGUGGUGGAAGCGCGCAGGCGAGAAAGGGCAUAAGCCUUGGACAUGGGAGCAUUUUGAUUGGGCAUUCAAGAAGGAGUAUAUACCAGCCCGCUUCAGAGAAGAGAAACGUACAGAGUUUAUGGAACUAAAGCAAGGAGACAUGACUCUUCCCGAGCUUCGACAGAAGUUUGACCACCUAGCCCAAUUCGCGACUACGCUGGUAGCCACGCCGGCCGACCGUAUUGAAGAAUUUCGUAAGAGGCUGUGUCCCGACAUUCGACCAUAUGUAUCCAUUCUGACCACUACAGACUUCUCUAAGGCUUACGAUCUAAUGGCAAAAGCAGAAAAAGAUGUGGAUGAUUACAAGGCCAACCUGAAGGCCGAGGAAGGAGGACCCAGUACACGCCCAACUGUGAGUGUUACGCCGAGUGCAAAAAGGCCCGCAGGUGAAGUUAGUAAUGCCUCUCAAGCAAAGAAAGGUAAGACAGUGGUAACCCAAAGAGCGCCCGCCCAAUUGGUGGCAUCGAUUGGAAAGUCAAAGACGUCUAGGUUUCCGCCGUGUGCUACCUGUGGAAGGACACAUCCCGGUGAGUGUUGGUACGAUCAAGGAUUAUGCUUGGGAUGUGGGCAUGUGGGCAGGCAGCUCACUUCCGAAGGAACUGUCCCACUAACCCAAGCACUGCCCCAGUGCAAGCACCGACUCGCAAUCAAGCAACCGCACCGCAACCGACGCAAAGUCAACGUACCACUGCGUGGACAAAUCAACAAAGGAACCAGAAUCAACAGCCAGGAAGAGCUCCAGCACGCACCUAUGCGAUGAUAGAUUAUGCAAACCCCCAGAAUAACGACGCUCAUGAUGGUACACCUUGAAACUUACCUUGAUAACGAUUAGUUAAAUUAUAGAGUAAAUUCCCAAAAUAGUCCUCUGUAAUAAGGAGUUUUUCCAAAU